AUGGCGCCGUCGAUAUUGAAAGCAUAUCACCAGGUCGUCCAAGAGUCGGUGUCUCUUGGCGAUACAGAAUGGGACUAUGAUAUCUCCUCCCUCCCAACCCCAUUCCAAACCAAUGCUGCCGGCCUAGUCAAGUCUCUGACCCUUACCACCAAGGACUCUCGCCACCAACUUGGCCUCUGCCUUGAGUUGGCCUCUCCCAGUCGUGCCAUUUCUUCAUAUUCGCUCGACCAACUUGUCGUCAUCUCAUUUGCCGACUUCUGUGCAUUGAGUACUCUGUCCGCCGCUGCCGUGGGCACUCAGCCUUCCACCCCACGAGAAUGCACCGAAUAUAUUAUCAAGCUCCUGCGUGCCGGUGUGUCUAUCAACGGAACAUUGUACAACUUCUACGGCCACAGCAACAGCCAGCUCAAGUCGCGGACAUGCUUCCUGUUCGCUGCCCCAAAAAGAGAAAUCACAAGAAUAGUGGAUACCAUGGGUAAUUUUGCAGAAAUGAAGACGGUGCAGAAGAAGGCGAAGAGAAUCGGACUUCUGUUCUCGACGGCGCAUACGACCAUUUCUGUUGACCCGAAGCGCUGCGAGGACAUUUCCGAUGUCGAAACGGCGGAUUACAUCUUCACAGAUGGGUGCGGGCUCAUAGCUCCGCAUCUCGCCCAAGAGCUGGCGAGAAGAAUUAACAUCGUCUUUAGGACUGUUCGGUACACUCCGUCCGUCUUCCAGAUUCGGUAUCGAGGGUACAAAGGGGUCGUGACAGUGGAUCCGACGAUGAAGCGGGAAGUGAUACUGCUGAAGUUGCGCAAGUCAAUGAAGAAGUUCAGCGGCGGGUGCGAUUGUAGCUUUUCGGUUAUUGAAUACUCCAAGGUCGGUCUGCCACCUUACGAAUUCGGCCAUCUUAAUGACGAAGUUAUUCUAUUGCUCCAUUCUCUGGGCAUUACAUCCGAAGUCCUGCUGCGGAAACAGCGACAACACUUUGACUUCCUCGCCAGCGCUACCACUGACCCCCGCGCGGCGUUUCGUUUCUUGACAUACGUGAACAAGUACGAGCUCGCUGAGAGACUUCUUCUAGAGUCCCUUGAUGUUGUCAGGCCCAGAGUAGCGGCGCUCGUCAACUCCCAGUACGCUAAGAUGGUAAAAGCCAGUGGCAACGAGCAGCGCUGCCGCAUACUCAUUCCAAAAUCACGUCUGUUAUUUGGUGUCUGCGAUGCCUGGGAUGUCCUGAAAGAGGGCGAGUGCCAGGUCAGAGUUACGAUGGACGGAGACGGGCUACCCGUCACACUGAUGGGAACGGAAGUGGUCGUCACUCGAAAUCCCUGUCUGCAUCCCGGGGACUUGCAAAAGUUCAAGGUUGUUCAGAGGCGGCAGCUCUCGCAUCUUGUCGACUGUAUUGUCUUUUCCACCAAAGGAAAGCGUCCAGCUGCUGAUCUCAUGUCGGGGGGUGACUUGGACGGCGACAAAUUUUUCGUUUCUUGGGACGAGGAUAUCAUUCCGUCCACUGUCUCUCAGGCAGCCGACUACCCUGGAGCCAGAGAGCCCGUGUCCUUCAAGCCCAUCACUGACGACGAUCGUCUCCUCUACUUUGCUAAGUACACCAAUGCUUCGCUUGGCAAAAUCAAGAAUCUCUAUCUCAGCUGGGCCAGGUUCUCGGGCCCUAUGAGCCCGCCGUGUCAGGAGCUGAACCGGCUCUUCUCGACCUGCGUUGAUGGCAACCGGAUCAAGGUCCCGCCGAAGCUCGAAAGGCCUCCUGAACCCUCCCCGGAAGCACCGUCUUUUGUCCUCGACCAGCUUCACGAGGCCGCAAGAGAGAUGAUUCGAAAUCGGGAGGAAAACGCAGCCGCCGCAAGAAUUGAUUGUGAAGGCUACACUUUGGACGCUAUGGAGAUGCUUUUGAGUCGGGAUGACUUUGCCGUCUCCGAGUUUGAGCUUAUGCAACUCACUUUUGGGUGGUGCCUUCGGAACGGCGCAUCUCUCGAAGACUUUGCCCAUUUUUUCAACUACACGCUUCUUACAGCGGAGCAGAAGGCAUGGGCAUUGAGCCAACUUCCCGUUACGCAGAACUACCCAAGCCUGGUGCGUAACGCGCUUUGCCAGUCAUAUCUGCUGGAGGAGUCGGAACUAUGUGAAUUCAAGCUACACUACCCAUCCCUUCGGUGGAAGUGCCUCUAUACCUCAUCGAGGGAUCGCCUCGCCGUUUUCUUUGAUAAGGCUAUCAAAGCACUCGAAAUUUUCCAUAGAAAACUGAUCGUGCUCCGGGUGGACGAGCGCUUGACGAUUGCAAUCUACAUUCCGCAGCAGAUACAGCCGUCGGCAGAUUGCAAAAUUGGCAACAAAGCUCGAUUGUUUGCGUUUCCACAUUCCAAGGGCUUUGAGACGUCGAAUCGAUUGAGCCUGCCGACAAAGGUUAACUAUCAGGUGUACUGCGACAGUAAUGUUUUCCAGCUCUUUGAUGGUCAGAGGCGAAACACGUGGGUCUUCAUCGGGCGUGGUGCGUCGGAUGAUUCUAGCUAUCAGAACCUCAAAAUAGAGAGUGAUAAGAGACGUACGAGGCAAGCGACUACUUACAGCGGCGUCAAUUUUGACUGUCGGGCAAGCAUAGCGCUGGAAAAGUUCAGCCGGGGGUUGCAGACUCAUGUGGGACGGGUAAAUAGGAACGGCGUUCAAGGAGCGGAAAUAUACAUCAUUUCCAACAGAGACGUCGACUCGCUGCGAAAUUUAGAUCUUUGGCUCGAGUAUGUUGACACUCGGGAAGAAGUCCCUCUCUUUGAGCGUAACGCGAGGGAGUAUAAGAAUCCCACUGUCAGGGAGGUUGACUGGAAGACUCAGCCCGACUACAUGGUUAACGUUGUCUUGCGUCAAGAUUUUACAAGGCUUCUUGGCCUGGAAACCCCGGAACAGUACGCAAAACUAUUUCGGUGGUUACUGGAGCGGGACGAGAAGGAGACGUUACUACAUUCCUUCAACUUCCUGCUCGCUAGCUUUGAAAACGAGAGCUUCGGGGCAGUGAGACCAGACCUGGUCCUUGGAGAGAUGCUCAACUUCUUGGGGCAGUGCCCAUUCUUGGCAGUUACCUUCUCCCAGGUGGGUGAGGCAGUUCUUCCAACACAUUUGGCGGAUGUGCUAGAUGCCCGUGUCGAGCAUAUUUUACGAGCCAUGAUUCUCUCUGCCAAUACCAUCGACCAGAUGAUGCUCUCGCCAUUACUGCGGAUACUAGCCAGCGCCCGUAUCCUUUCCAUCUCUGCCUACGCUCGAUUGAUGGAGAUAAUUGCCCUUACGGUUCGGUCACCUUCUCUAGCGCUAGACAUACUCCUUUGUGGCCUUGAAAGGGAGAGUAUGCGACUGAUACCGGAGCGGCCAGCGCUCAUUCGACAUUUUCUACGCAGCUUGACCGGCAUUGUCAUCGAACAUGUGGAGGAGGCGGCAGAACAGUGCCGCGAAAGCCCAGGUCUCCUUUCAUUGAGUUACCUCCGGGACACGGAUAAUGGAUGGCCUGUGGUUCAAGCCGACUUCCGGCUCGAUGCCAAGGGUGGCACGCCCAAGAUGUCAACUCACGUACGUCUAACGGCUGCAUCGUCACCGUCGAACUCUCUCUCUACGAGCCUCUAUUCCAUGGAUGCCCUCGUCAUUCAGUCGAGCCCGGGUAGGGCUGAAUUCCAAUGCCUCCAUCCGAUACCCCCCUAUCUAGAGCAUUGCUCUUGGAAAAUGUGCGUCUGUGGCCCGUUUGUUACCACCAAGACCAUGUUGGAUGCCACCUUGGAUCUGGCGCUUGGGACGUAUAGCAUCUGUGGCAUCGCCGGAUUGAUCCAUGGCAUCGAAGACUGCCGAGCUGUCUCUUCAGAACCUGAAGAUGAUGACGACGGACCGGAAUAUGUUCCAAAGAAUACGCUGAACCGAUGCCAGAAUGAGGCUGUCGAGUCUGCCGCCAAGCACCCGAUGACCUGUCUCUGGGGCCCGCCGGGAACAGGCAAAACCCACACCAUCGUGGAAAUGAUACGAGAGCUUCAGAGUCAGCACCAAAACUCACGCAUCCUCGUCACGGCGCCGACGCAUAACGCUGUGGACAAUGUGAUGAGAAGGUACCUUUCAAGCCGGACCGACGGCAACGGCCACCCCAGGAUUCCUGCGGUCCGAAUAUCUACAGAGAUACGGAAAGUCGCCGAAGACUUGCGUAAAUAUACCUUUGACGCCAUGACAGGACAAGAGCUCAACGGUUCGUAUGCCGCCAUGCGCGCUGGGUUAGGUCUUCUGCGGGGUGAAGAGUUUGAUAUAGUCGUCAUCGAUGAGGCUUCGCAACAGGCUGAGCCUGCGUCUUUGGUCCCGCUAACCAAGGGAUGCAGGAAGGCCAUUUUGGUUGGCGAUCAUGUGCAGCUGCGACCGACGGUGGGGCAACUCGCGCUGUCGCUCGACUUUGACGUAUCGCUGUUUGAAAGGUUGUGGAAGGCCGCCCUGCGAGACGGCAAUGGGGUUCAGAAGGUGAUGCUGGAUACCCAGUACCGGAUGCACGAAAAGAUGUGUCGGUUUGCCUCGGACGAGUUCUACGAGGGUAAGUUGCGCACAGGCAUCAAGUUGGACGAGAGAUUUAUGUUUCCAUCCAUGUUUCCCUGGCCGGUGGUGGAGGAUUCCCGCCACCCUGUGGAAGCCCAUGAUGAUCCGAAGGGACUAAAUAUUCAGCACCACCACCGCAUGGUCUUUGUCGAUUGCGCCACCCCGGAAGACCUGGGUCAGAAGUCAAAGUGCAAUAGAGGUCAGGCUGCGCUGUGCGGAAAAGUGUGCGACCUUCUUAACAAAGAAGCUCCGAGAUUGAGAGCAUCAUCUUCAUCAGCAGAAGCGCCGAAGCCUUCCAUCGCGGUAUUGACGCCCUACACCCGUCAGGCCGACCUACUCAAGCAGACGCUCUCAAGCCACAAGCUGGUUGAGAUCUGUAGCAUCGAUGGGUUCCAGGGGCGCGAGGCGGAUAUUGUCGUGUUUGUGACGGUGCGGUGCAAUCAAAACUGCGAGAUUGGGUUCCUGAAAGACAUGAGGAGGCUGAAUGUUGCCUUGACACGGGCGAGGACGGGGUUGAUUAUUAUCGGCCAUAUCCCAACACUCACAAUGGGAAAUGCGGGUGAGGGAAGCACAGCGACAUGGAAGAGAUUGAUCGGUGGCUUGAAGGUUGUCAAAAUGGAUGUGAAAGCACACGAUGAUAACCAUCGAGGGUAG